AUGUACAUUCUUCUGCUAACUUGUGCUUCUAGUCGAGCCAUUCAUUUAGAACUUGUGAAGGAUAUGUCGGUCGAAGGGUUUCUACGAGGAUUCAAACGGUUUAUAGCUCGUCGAGGUGUUCCUGAAGUAAUAAUCAAUGAUAACUUCAAGACUUUCAAGUCGAGAGAAGUAAAGCGGUUCAUGCUAGGACAAGGUGUAAAACAACGGUUCAUUCUUCCAGCGUCGCCAUGGUGGGGAGGUUUUUAUGAGCGUCUUGUUAGAACAGUCAAAUCGUGUCUAAAGAAAACCCUAAGGAGGACUUAUACAACGUUCGAAGAACUUCAAACGAUUUUGUGUGACGUGGAAAUUGCCAUUAACACUCGGCCAUUGGCAUAUCUAAGCGAGGAUGACCUGGAUGAGCCCUUGACACCAUUCCAUCUGAUACAGGGUCGUGGUUAUGUUAGAAGAGAUCUCGGUCGGAGGAAUACGGAUAUUGUACCAAAUCUUAGUCUCGGACAGUGUAAAGAUCGACUUGUGCAUCUGCAAAAGGUAUUAAAAGAUUGUUGGGUUCGGUUUCGAAGAGAGUAUUUAAAUGAGUUACGACAGAUGAACAUUUAUCGAAAGAGGAAGGGUUCUACUUGUGAUCUGAUAAUCGGAGAAGUAGUUCUCGUCAAAGACGAUGAGCCAGCUCCACGAACGCAGUGGAGAAUUGGGAAAGUUAUACAACUUGUAACCGGUCGGGACGGCCAAGUCAGAGGUGCAAUGCUAAAGGUACUUAGCAAGAGUGGGAAGCAGACAACGAUCCAUCGACCGCUACAGAAAUUGAUAUCGUUUGAGAUCGCGGAGAAUAACGUCAACGAACACAAGAACGUAGAACACGAUGAGACAGCGGAGUCAACUGAAGGAAAUGAAACACAACACGAUAGUUUGAGAAGGUCGACGAGAAAGGCUGCCGUAGACGGACAAAACGCACGACGAUUAAGAAACAAGUAUUACUGAACAUUCGCACACCGAAUUCUUUGGUGUGGGAGGAUGUAGAAACUUUAUAUUAUGACACUUUAAAUUGUAUCAAGUUACAUGUUUAUUGCCAUUGGUUAAUCAGGUCACAUGAUCAGACCACAUGGACAAGUUUAUCUAUGAUUAGUAGGCAAAGGGUUGCCGAGUACGGACGUUAUGUAAAUAUAUUGAAUAAAAAACCUAUAUAAAAAGUUGGAUUAGUUCUGCUUUUUACAAUUAGUAUGAUUAUAUAAUUGUUCAUCCUAAUUACCAUUCUUUUGUAGUCGUGUUUUAAGCUAUUCAAAACACUCGAACUCGUGUUUUAUCAUAUCUAAAACGCUCGGCUGCGCCUCGCGUUUUAAAAAUGAUAAAACACUCCUUCUCGUAUUUUAAAUACUACAUUAUAUAAACAUCAAAGAGAGAUUUUGACAUUAAAUAUAUCAAAUAAUACGUCUGUUAUCCACCACAGGUAGCCCAUGUGCGAGUGCCCCAUGUUACAAUGGAGGAAGUUGUACAAAUGUUGGUGAUUCAUUUGAAUGUAGAUGCCGUGCUGGAUUUUUGGGAGAUAGAUGUGAAAUUGAAGGUAAAAGUUGAAUCAUCCAGAAACCAUGAAUUUGUAGAUACUGCGUUAAACUCUCCACCCUGCUUCCAUAAGGGUUAUGUACUUCCCAUUUGGUCCAUUGAUAGGAGUAAUAAUUUAUUUCGAACGUGAAAUUUAUACAAUUGAAAUAAUACAAAAGAGCAGCUUGAAUAUGUUGUUCCGCUUACAUGUUUAAAAUGCGCAAUUCGAUUUUACUAACAAUUGAGCUUUCUCUGGUUUAAUAUCACUAAUGUAAUCUUUACAGGCUGGACAUACUAAGUGGUGAUUACAACUUAGUUGCAGCUGAGGGGAGUAUUAGGAAGGAAGUAUAUUCGUUAGCAGCCUCUCAUAUGGGACCAUCAUUUCUGUUUUUAGAUCGUUGUCAGGUACCAUAUUUGUUCUUCUCCACAUCAUCGGGAACAUUCGCCUAUAAUACAGAUGAAUCCACAAAUAGUACAACCAUGGUAGAUGAUCGCACAAAUGCCUUAUUCUCUUUUGAUGGAUUUAACAAACGGCUGUAUCUCCAUACGACGAAUAAUGAAAUUACGAAUUACAACUUGGAUGGUUCAGAUGCGACUACAAUCGUCGUCGUAAAUGUUGAAUUUUUCACUGUGGAUGGCCGGAAUAAUUUGAUAUACUAUCAUCACUCACUUCAGGAAAGAAUAUGGGUGUAUAAUAUCACAAGUGGUCAACAAUCUUCCGUUGAUGCUCUCGCAGAUAUUGCUGGUGUAAAAGAUCUGGAAAUGGAGAUGACAAAUGGGUAAAUAAUAUGAUAAUCAAUUUUUCCUUUCCUAUACGUUGUUGGAAUGAAGUGUAAUCGAUUUCUUUCUAGAGUAUUUAGAUCAUCCCUUGUACCCAACCAUUGUGUUUAAUUUUUAUGUAAGAACUAUGUAUUCAUUGUUAUUUUCUUCUCCAUGCCGUCUACCCUGUUAAUUAAAUACAUGUAUCCUUAAACUGAAAACAUGCAACGAAGUAGUGUUCCUCGAUGUGGCUGUUUUUUUAAUUAAAGCAAGCAAAAAUAAUUUAAUUGCAGCUGUUGAAAGCGAUUGCUUUGUUAACUCGUUCAACACGUUUUAUAAAUACAGUUUACUUAUUGAAAACCAAAGAAUUUUCUACCUGCAAUUAGCUAAAAAUAAUUUUUCUUUCAAUUGUAUAAAGCAAUGUUUUUCCAGAAGUGAAAUUUAAAGAUAUCAAUGAAAGAAUUACUAACUGGUGUAGUUAAAUUACAUUUAAGAGAAAUUCUGGCGGUUUAUGUGAACUGACUGUUUCUUCUUUUCUUAGUUAUCUCUAUAUAGCAAGAGCAAAUGAUCCUACCAUCAUGCGUUACGAUCCGUCAUCUCAAUCCACCGUGGACUUCAACUAUGAAGGUUCAGCACAAUCAAUUUCUGUCGAUGAAUAUAAUAAUGUUAUCUACUGGGCAAAUUACGACGCCAAUCAGAACAUUCACAUGGUUAUGAAAACUCUGCUUAAUGGACAAACCGUUGGCUUAAAUAUCACUUAUGUUGGAGAGAUUGAGCUGACUUCAGAUGUGUUUAAUUUUUAUGUCCUCGACAGAGACAAUAACCGUAUCGACAAAUAUUCGAAGGCAUCGCUUGAAAAGCAAGGGAAUGUCACCUAUAACGGUCCAAUACGUGAUUUAAUAAUUGCAUAUGGUGAGUUCCAUAUUCUUCCUAUCACAUACAGCUAUUUCAAUUAAGAUUGUCGACGAGCAAAGCGGAAAAGCCGAAUGCGAGCGCGAAAGGCUGCUGGGAACCGCUUUGAAAAUUCAUUAAUUUGUUAGCGAUUCCCAGCAGCCUGCGCUCGUAUUCGACUUCUCCGCUCUGCUCGUGGACAACCUUAAUUGAAAUUGCUGUAUACAACAAUUAUGUGUAUUGUCAGAAAGCUAAUUACAAAAGUAUUAUGAAACCAAACAAUUUAGGCUAACUUAGUGUUAGCCCUGUUUCUUUCUUGACUUUAACAAUAAUUUUAGCUUUAGAGUUUAGUGUGCGGUUACUUUUUUGAUUUGGAUUUCUUUGCCAAAUAGUUAUAUAGCAGUCUGGUCAGUGUUACGAUUAGGAUUAUCGUUACUAUAGCGUUAGUUAGUGUUAAAAAUCCGUGUAGGAUUUGCACUGAAGCCAACAGACUUGUGCUUAUUUGUGGCAGAUUGGUUUGAGUAUUCAAUAGCUAAGUCUCGUAUUUUGUCCUAACUAUUUUGUUCUGGACUCCUUGUUCUACUACUUCUAGUAACUUAGCUAGUGCUUAUAGCAAAUAGUAAAAUUUGUCCUAAACACUCAUUAGUAGUGAUAAUCAAUGUUACUGUAAUGCUCUUAAAUAAAAUAUUUUUCUAGUUUGUAACCCCAAUUUCAUUACAGAAUUCAAAGCUUCUGAUUUCAUUUCUGUAAUGGAGUUAGGUCAAGGUCAUUGAACUGCUAAAGAGUUGGAUACAAAUAAUAAGAAUAUGAUAAUGACUAAAUGCUUAAUAUAUACCUUCUCCGACCAAAAACAUUAAUUAAUUUGGCUAGCUAAUUCUGAGGAUGCUGAAAUCUCUUCGGUUUGUUUAUUUUAAAUAUAGACGAAGACGAAUGUUGUGUUGGAACUAUCUGUCACGUAAACUCUACCUGCUCAGAUUCUCGAGGAAGUUUUAAUUGCACUUGUAACGACGGUUUUGUUGGGAAUGGAACGGAUUGUGAAGGUACUGUACCUUUUUAAUGUGUUAGGCAGUUAUUUCCCAGAAUGUAACUGUAGAAACAGUUGCGAAGCCAGACAUAGCAACUGCAUGCUCAUCCAUCGUAUUGCAUCGUAUUUGCAUGGCAUUGCUAAUUGCUAUAGCUAGCUCGCCACUGUGUACAAAACACGCUACAAGGUUUAAUAUAAUUUAUCUUACUCUGUAAAGAAUCAUAAUAACAGUGAGUGCAAUAUCGUUUUUAUGAACUUUUCAACAGACCCUUGUUAAUUUUACAUUCUGCGCUGUAAGAACUCCGUUUUCAGGCUCUCCAUUCCACUUAGACAGUCCACGCUGGGGCUAUUGGAUUUGUCUCCAUUUGGUUUUGCUUUUAACAAGUAUUCAGUAAUUGGAAGGAUGUUUCGUAUGCCUCAGACAAUAACCGAAUUAAUUGCCCUUUAUUUUUUUUUUGCUGAAAAUGUUGGUAUAAUUUACCUAUUUCUUAAUUUUGACUUCCAAAUUAUUUUCAAUCAUGUAGAUGUUAAUGAAUGUUUGAACGAUCCCUGUCAUCAGAAUGCUACCUGCGUUGAUAUAAUUGGUUCAUUUGAUUGUGUUUGUAAUGAAGGAUUUGUAGGAGAUGGUCGUAACUGUAGAGGUAAAUGACGCGGAAGCUAGAAAUACAAACACAACUAUUUAAGCCGGUUUUCCAUAAGGCGAAUUUUGCGUUCGAAGCGGAAUUUUUCUUCAUCUUUUCUAAUUAAGGCCGUUUUCCGCGCGGAGCGGAAUUUCGCUUUGUCUUUUCUAAUUAGUUCCACCCGAAAAAAUCGUAAGACACAGAGAAAUUCCGUUCCGCGCGGAAAAUUCCGGCUGGUGGAGAAAACGGCCCUUUUUAGUCCUACACGAGAAGUCACAAGACAAAGAAAAAUUCCGCUCCGCGCGCAAAAUUCCUCCUAAUGAAAACUGGCUUUCCUCCCUGACAAAGGUAUUGCAUAAAUUGUACUGCCAAGGCAUAAUUGUGUUGAGAAUUUCAAUUUUCCCUUACGUAGCCUACAUUCGUUUGAAACAUGGUGAUGAAAGAUAGUGUAUUUGCUAGAAUGUCGAGUUGAAAUGUAAAAGAUUCCUUGAAGGACAAUAGCACAAUUUUUUUAAUAACUUAUGUUUGUCCAUGAAUUGCGUUAUUGAGGAAAGUUGUAAAUCUUCCAUAAUUUCUCCGGCUUCUUGAAAAAGUUCAUUGCGGUUAUAUAGUAGCUGGUUUUCUGCAAAUUAUUUCAUGUAAAGUCCCGAUCCUGAGUAUCAUGUCCACUUGUGUUCUUAUUAGGCUAUUUUAUAUAUCCCAAAUUCAGAUUUUCCUGAUUAGCAAUUUUCAAAUAAUAAUGUUAACAAUUGUGAUAAUUCAUUUCAGCUUCCAACUGCAGUAUUCUUUCCUGCGGAGAAAAUGAAGAGUGUAUCAAGGAGAACGAUAUAUUUAAAUGUGUGUGUAAGGAUGAUUAUGCAGAACCCGAUUGCCGUCUGGGUACGUGUUCAAUUGCUGCUUUGUAUAUUAUUAUUUCCACAUUAGCGAAAUGAAGAAAAAGUUUUUAAUGUCUUCUUUCAAGCUGUGUUAGAUACAUAUGAGCCAGCUUAAUGAAACAUAUUUUUUUGCGUAAAUAAAUGGGAUGCUGUAUUGUUUAAUGUAUGUCUGUCUUACCAAAUUGCACGAGAAAUAACACUUUACGUAUUGAUAUUAUAUAGGAAAAAUAUAUUAUUAUGCCGUCGAAAAUUCAUCGUCUGUCGCAUGACAAUAAAUCCUAUAUGCUCGCUCAUUUGAAUGGCUCAAGAGCUUAACACAAAUUCAUAACUGUCAACAGUCAGCUCGUUAUUCAAAAUGUAUUUUGUUUACGCGCUUCCCACGUAAUCCUAAUUCCUAUUUUAACCUAAAUUUCAUUUUGGACCUUUUUUUCUAUGCGCUUAGGCAGCAACAUUUUUUUCUAUUUAUAUUACUUCAUAACAAACUUGCAAAAUUGUUCUGCUUUGCUUCCAAAUUUGAGCGGCAAAGUAUUAACUUUUAAUUAUUCAUAAUUUAAUUGAAUUAUUUACACAACCUAACAGUUGAAAGAACAUGCCUAGCAAGAGGUGAUCCACACUACUCGACAUUUGAUGGAACACGUUAUGACUUUAUGGGCAAAUGUGAAUAUGUUCUUGCUAAAGACAGUAGAAAUAACACAUUUGAAGUAAGACAAGUGAAUGAACCAUGUGGAAAUGGAGAACCUUCUUGCACAAAAUCACUAACAGUGAUUUUCCCAAAUGCGACUAUCCAACUGCUGCGAGGAAGUGUGAUGGUAAAUGACACAGAAAUUGUUUUGCCUGCAACGUAUGGAGGUAAGGUCUUUCAAACUUCUUGCUACAUAUAUGUGCUUUACGAUUUGAUGUUCAAGCUAAAAUUUCAAACUAAAUGCAUUUUGCAAAUUUAGUGGAAUAUUCUUCUUUUUCUAGUACUUCUAGUAACAGUAAUCUUAAAAAGGAAGUUCAGCAUAUUCCCCUUUUAUAUUUAAAAGAAGUCAAUAUAUGCCAUUCUCCCUAGUAUUGGAGCAACAUUGGUGGACACACUGUUGCAAACUGCUGCUUCACACCUGAUCACUAACUUAUUACAGACAGUUAUUUCGCUAAUAAAUCUGAAAGUGGGUAAUAUUUAAUCUCAAUUUUCGAUCCUUUAUUUUUUGUAUAAAGGUGUGAGAAUAACUGAACCAAGCAACAGAGUAACGUUGAUUGAAAGUGAUUAUGGUGUAGAAGUUGAAUGGAAUAAUGUACGUAAUGUGAGAGUGACAGUGCUUGGACGCUAUCUGAACAGAACAUCAGGUUUAUGUGGAACAUUUAAUGGAAAUCCUGGAGAUGAUUUCUUGGCAAGAAAUGGAACAACUGUAGACAAUGCUGUAACCUUUGGAAAUUCUUGGAAAACUGAACCUGACUGUGAUGAUGCAACAGAUGUAGAACAUGCAUGUGUAACUUACUCUGACAGAAACGCGACUGCUAUAGCCAACUGUUCAGCUUUGUCAUCCUCUCCAUUCAAUACCUGUACAAGCCAGAUUAAUCCAGAUUCAGAGGGUUAUAUUACCGAUUGUGAGUAUGAUGUAUGUGCUUGUGGUGAUGAUCCUAUAGUUUGUCUAUGUCAAGCAAUAGAGGCUUAUGUCAGUGAUUGUAAUUCAACUGGAGUGGAUAUUGAUUGGCUGAGUGAUCCACGAUAUCAACAAUGUGGUAAGUGAUCAAUCUCGUUGAAUUUCGUCACCGAGUCUAUUGCAAUUUUUGGAGAUUUGUCAAAUUUUACAAUUAUUAUGCGGAAAUUCCGAGUUUCACGUAUGAAAUGCACAUUUGAAAAACGUGAAAUAUUCCAAUUCUUUGCACAUAAUUUCAGAUAUGAAAUACUGAGUAAAAUUUUUAUCGUGAAUAUCAAACUCAGAUCCAGACUGUUAUAUGCAAUGAAAAAUGACUUUUUACGGGAACGAAGAAUAAUUGGCUAUUUAAAGACGUCAAAGAAACUCAAGUUGUUCGAAUGAAUUCAAUAAGGAAAUGGUUUAUGCCCAUGGUGUUCAUUAGUAAGCUGAAAUGCAUCGCAAAUUGUAUGGUCAUAUAUCAGUUGUUUGCGAGUGUGUUAACCCACAGCCGAUUCAAAUAUUUCCUCCAAAUAUUACUAAAAAAACUACCACAGGAAUGUCUUAGGGUGGAAUUGCUAAACAUUUAUUAACUGAAAUUUUAACAGUUUUAAUGUAAUUUAGGUUCACCAUGUGCCAGUGAUCCAUGUUUCAAUGGUGGGACUUGCUCAAAUGAUGGACAGUCAUUCUCUUGCUCAUGUGCUGUUGGAUAUGAUGGUGAUCGCUGCGAAAUCGAAGGUAUAAACAUUAUUUUCAAGAACGUUGUGUAAAUUGCAUAUUACUGUUAUGUGUAAAUGUUGCAUACCAAAUGAGCUUCCGUGCCUUCUGAUUGGCUAGUUGAGUAGUAACUAUGACGCAUUAUUUAGCAGGAGACUAGUAAAUAAUUCUUUUCAAAAAGAAUGAUUUGGCAAAUUUGAAAAAAAAUAUGAAAAUAAAUCGUCCCCAGAAACAGAAAGAAGCAGAAAAUGUUAUCCUAUAGAUGUCUCAAUUUCGUACUAUUUUUUUGGUAUAUCAUGUUUUCAUUGUGUUGUAUGGUCUCCUGACACUUUAUUGUGUUUUCGAAACUUGUGAAGUGAAAAGUGUAUUAAAACUUUGUGUCGAGGCAGUCUAGCAAUUAUAGUUUUACAUUCUAUUUUACCAAAUUUCUCAGCCAUUUCCUGAACAAAUGCAAUUUUCUAGUUCUAAUAGUCUGUUGAACAAUUCAUUCCAUCAUUGUGUUUAUAUUCUAAGCAGAAAUCGAGAAAAAAGCAGUAUGGUUGGGCAAUUUACUUAUGAAUUAUUAAUGAGUUUGAGAUCUUUAGAUAAUUUAUAAUUUUAUCUCUUUCCUGUUCUUUUAUUCAUUACUUCACUAUUUUAUUUUAACUUGCAUAAAGUUUCUUGUUAUCCAUUCUUUGAUUCUCCUUUAUUCUAUUCAAUAAAAUAUAAAUAUAUUAUGCAUAUUUCUAUCUUGUCUUUUAUAUUGUCUCGUUUUUCUUUUGUAUGUAUUAUUUCUGGUUCACUUUGUGCUAAACGUUUUAUCCACUCUAGUUUUCCUGCUUUAAAUUUCGUUCAAUUUCGAUGAAAAGUGAAUCGGAAAUUGGCAUUUUGUCUUGUCACGGAGGACAGAGGCAGGGCCGUCCUCAGGGAAUUCUUCAGGGGGGUGUAAGGUCAUUUCAACCAACUGACGAAAAAUUCUUUUCGGAGACCAACAACCUCUCCCCCUCCGUCGACAACUUUUUAGGGGGAAAAAUUUUCUGGACGAGUACGUUGCAAAUGCUUUCCAGUGACAUCUCAAUUUUUCAUACCAAAAUUCUGAAAUUUACCCAAAAACCCAAAUAUCUUGCCCUUUGCGCGGAAAUAUUUAACCCAUAUAGCAGUCCUGCCGACUGAAUAAAAUUUUUUGGGGAGUGUCACCCCCCCGUAUCUCCGGCCCUGGACAGAGGAAAUUGUUUGCGUAAUUGGUUGUCGUCGUAUCGUCUUAAAAACUUAUUUCAAGACGCCUCAUCAACAUACGUUGGUUUUCAUGAGGGGCGUCGUCAAUUUAUGUACAGAUAUUUACAAGAGACUAAGUAGAAACAAAGAAAAACUAUUUCAAAAGUGCAUGCUGAAUACAGGAGGUGUGACUCGUACACAUUAACAUUAUAGUAACAGAGUCAAAGAUUAAUAUUUUAUAAUAUUUGUGGUGUUACUCUGAGUGCAUAUCCACACCGGGCGAGCUUGAAAAAUAUGCCCGGCCACGGUGGGAUACCACGGAUCCCACCGUGGCCGGGCAUAUUUUUCAAGCUCGCCCGGUGUGGAUAUGCACUCAGAGUAACACCACAAAUAUCAUAUUCACCUGAGUACACUACACCAACACAGAAAAAAAUUCAGAUUAAUAUUUUGUUUGAAAAUAUGGAUUCAUUGUGCUUCUUUUGUUUCCCGAGAAAGACUAUUCCAAAGUUUGCCCCACGGUAUUUAAAACUUUUUGGGGUAAUUCCCUUCUCGGUUUUGGGAGAGCUAAAUCAGUAUAGCUAUUUCUUAAAUUAUAAUUCGCUUGCGUUAAGCUACUCCCAAUCACUGACUCUUUCAAGUUCGGAGCAGAAUAAUCGUUUAGAAUUUUAUACAGAAGAAUGGACUUCAUCUUCUGUCUUCUACCAUUGAAAUGUUGCUUUUAUAGCAGUAAACCAACAACGAGAGAAAAGGUUUUUUAACUAAAUCUACUGCAGACUAAAAUCCCCUACAAAACGUGUAAAUAAGUCAUAACAUUGAAAACAGGCCAGAUAUUUAGUACGAAUAUAUUAUUUGCGCCGGAUAAACGCUAUGUCCCACAGUGGAGAACAGUAAUCAAAAUAAGGCUGAAUCAAGGCAUUAUAAAUAAAUUGGAGUGAGCUUACUGGAAUGACAUCUUCAGCCCUUUGCAACAUUGCAAUGCCAGAUCCAACCGUUUUCAAUACCUUUUCGAACUGUGUAUCCAUUUAAGGUUUUCCUCUAAUAAUACGCCCAGACUUUCAAAAGAGCUAGUUGCUAUACACGAUGCUUGACUUGGUUCGCUUGUGAAGGGAAACAGUCUUCGAAAUCCCUCUAAUUUUUUUCAUUUUCUUUGUAUUAUUGUUCAACUGCAAUUGUUUUAUUCUCUUUUAUGUCUUUUAUUUUACUGUAUUUAACAUCCUCAAUGUUUUAUUUGCCACUUACAUGCAAUGUUUUUUUUAGUUUCUAGUUGUGAUCAGUUAACUUGUGGUGCAAAUGAAAUUUGUGUGUCGUCUGGGGAUACAUAUGAAUGCGUUUGUCAUCCCGAUUACGAAGGAGAAAAUUGCCAAGCUAAAGGUCCAUAUAAUUUAAUAACCACGUCUUUUAAUCAACUAAUUUGAAGAUGUCUUAACGUCUGCGACGACACUCUUUCUCGACCUGCGCCCAUUUGCUAUUUUACCACUAAAUUGUUCCUAAUGUAAAUAUCUCCGCGAAUGUCUACACUUUUGAAAUCCUCACCAAAAAAAAUUUUCAACAAGGGAUUUGUAUGCCGUCAAAGCGUUAUAGAAAUCAAAACAAUCAUACAUUUACUCAUCCUUGGUCAAACAUCUCAAGUAUUUCGAUAAACACAGUUAAUGAGAAAUUAAUAUCACAUUUGUUGUAAUAAAGAUAAAUUAAUCUGUAUGCUAAGCGUAAUACGUAAUGUAAAGCACAUCUGAUAAAAUCCACAUGUAAAAUUUGCGCUAUAGAAAUGUUCGUAAUCGCACGCGUACGAAUGUGUCAGCAUGUUUGGCCAACAAACGAUGGACAACAGCAUUGCCACAUAGAUAUCUUAUAUACACUAGAUAGGGCGGUCAUGUUAGAGUUUCCCACUCGCUAAUAAACGCUUAAAAAACAACAAUAACUUUCAUCAUUUGAAUAGUUUAAAAAUGUAUUUGGAAUAGGUUUAACUUAAUGUUUAAGUUCACUGUUUAAGAAAUAGAAAACAUACCAAUCUUCUCAUUUCUUGGGAAUACCCUGAGCCUGCAAUCACGGCUUCAAUUUUUGAAUUGCAGAAUAAUUAGAUGCACUAUCUUGUGAAUAUAAGAUAUCUAUGGAUUGCCAUCACUGGAAUAGACAAAUGACAUGCCAUUUCAAGGCAAAGCAAAUUUGAUCCUUGAAAGAAAAGAAGCUUGAAAGAAGGCAGUAAGAACGGGAAACAACGUAUUUUCUAUUCCCAAUCCAUAAUCCAUUUGACUGGUUCAUGUACAGUAUAUGUAUGUAAAAUAUAUACGUGCGUUGCUUUCUUAAUAAUAGUUAAACAAGUCACACUAUUUCUAUACACUAUUGUACACUUGUACAUACACACGUUCACAUAUCCAAGUUACUAUUUGGUUCAGGUUGCCGGUAAUCCUUUUAACAAGGAGACGAAAUUGUGAAAACGACGAUUAAAAAGGGCCAUUAAGGGCAUAGUAAAAGACGUUUUAGAUCUCCGGCUAAAUCAAACGUCUUUUGUUUAGCGCGACUAAUGUGAAUAGGAGAUGAAAUGUGAAAAACGACAAAAUAUAAAAUGUUUCCAGCCAGCAACUUUAAUCGUAAAUCGUAAUGAUAUAAACUAGGUAUACUUUUCGCCGAACAUAACUUCUGUCCCUUUGGACACAUCUUCUUCGUAAUAGUCUUGUCGGAAUCCCUAUCCAAAACACUAUUUACAAUGUUAUUUUGAAGUUUCUAUCUUAAGAUUUUCAUCUUUUAUUACUUUAUUUCAGUCUCUAACGAAUGUCUGAACCGCAAACGCAAAUUCAAUCGAUCAAAAAAUUAGAUGUUCGUAAUAAGGAUCAAAUUUGCUUUGCCUUGAAAUGGCAUGUCAUUUGUCUAUUCCAGUGAUGGCAAUCCUGUUGUCCAUCGUUUGUUGGCCAAACAUGCUGACACAUUCGUACGCGUGCGAUUACGAACAUUUCUAUAGCGCAAAUUUUACAUGUGGAUUUUAUCAGAUGUGCUUUACAUUACGUAUUACGCUUAGCAUACAGAUUAAUUUAUCUUUAUUACAACAAAUGUGAUAUUACUUUCUUAUUAACUGUGUUUAUCCCAAGCCACGUCUUUCAGCAUGUUGUUGACGUUGACUCUUUUCACAUGAGUCCACAAUCGAACCCACACACUCAGAAGUGAAAGGCGCUUGCUGUAACGACUGCGCCACUGAUGUCCACGUAUUUCAAGCUGUAUGAUAUUCCAGGUAUAAAUAUUUAUUUUUGUGUUUCUUUUAGUUGAAGCAACAUGUAAAGCUCAGGGAGAUCCGCAUUACACCACAUUUGACGGAAGACGUUACGACUUUAUGGGUAGAUGUGAAUAUAUUCUGGCUAAAGACCAUGUAAACAACACAUUUGAAAUAAGGCAAACAAAUGAACCAUGUGGAAAUGGAGUAGCUACAUGCACAAGAUCAUUAACAGUAAUCUUCCCAAAUAUAACAAUUGAACUUCGAAGAGGAAAGACUUUAGUAAAUGGUGCGGAAGUCACAAUGUCAACUAUUUAUGGAGGUAAAACAAACGUCAUAUGUUGCUUUAAGUAAAGUGACAUACAUUGCGUGGUGUUUAAUGAAAUGUUAUAGAGAAGUGAAACGUUAGUGAAUAAUCUGGUGUUCCUUGUUGAGUUAGAUUUUGUGGAGACAUAUUGAGGGUGGAUAAUGACUCUUUCUGGUGCUUGUAAUAUAGGGUGGGGUUGUACUAGUUACGAAUAAGACUUUUAUAAAAGGGCAUGCAGUAAAAUGAUGGCAAAGCUCAGCCACUCAAUGUAGAAUAGAAUAGAAUAGAAUACACUUCUUGACAUAUCGAUUAGAAGGUUCGUUACCAGAAUAUUAAGAUCUUUGCAACUGUCAUUACAAUACACCAUGCUUGCUUACUCACGUGCGGAAUGCUUCGAUAACAGUUUAAUUAAAUAUUAUUUCAGUGUAGCACUACCGUUCAUAGAUCGGCGAGACUAGUUCUUCCAUAUAAAGUCGUUUUUAACCUUUUUUUUUUGUAAGGUGUCAACAUCACUGAAACUGGAAAUGGAAAUAGAAUAAAUACAAUAGUAACAAGUGAAUAUGGUGUAACUGUCCACUGGAACAAUGUUUAUAACGUACGAGUGAUAGUUGGAGGUCGGUAUUUAAACAGAACAUCAGGUUUGUGUGGUAUAUAUAAUGACAUGGAAGAUGACGACUUCUGGGCAUCUAAUGGUACAAUUGUAACUAAUCCAGUGGAAUUUGGAAAUUCUUGGAAAGUUGAUCCAGACUGUGAUGAUGCAAAUGAAGUAGAACAUCCCUGUGUUGUCAACUCAGACAGAAGAUGGAUAGCACAAGCCAACUGUUCAACGUUACUCAGACCUCCUUUCAAUGAGUGUUCAAGCAAUAUAAAUGCGACUCAAGAAGGAUAUAUUUCAGAUUGUGAAUAUGAUAUGUGUGCGUGUGAAGAUGAUCCCGUUGUUUGUUAUUGUCAAGCUCUCGAGGCUUAUGCUGAUGAUUGUGCUUCCUUUGUUGAUAUACAGUGGGAAAACUUGGAAGAAUUUUCAGUUUGCGGUAAGGUUUUGAGCGCCGUUGAUUAUUCAUUUUACAGGGUAGAAAAAUGAGCAUUUUGUCUCCUCUUGAAGGAUGGAUCAAUAUUCUAAAGGAAUCUCCCAAGGCUGUUGAUAUAAAGCGCUCAAAAAGAUUGACAUAAUAUGUUUUUGAAUAGCUUUAGAGCAUAGCUUAGCAACAAAAUGUUAAAAGCAGCAUUGGUAAACAUUGAACUAAAUCUGUUGAUCCACAUAGAACUUCACCCAUAUUUUAUUUUGCAAUUGUCAUCCUGUUGUUCCCCCUCAAUGGGCUUUGAUCGCCUCAACACACUUCUCUACUCCACCCUGUCAGCAAUAAUUUCACAUCUACGACUUUACCUUUAUCUCGAAUAUAGAACCUCCAACACUUUUUCGGUUAUCCUGUCUUUUUGUCCCUACGGAAGUAUCUACUUCCAACUAGCUUGUAUCUCGCAAGCUUCUUUUUGUCCACUCUCUUUAUACGGUCUUCCUUUUCCACUAUAUUGUUUGUUCCCUCCACCACCUUCAAUUCCUUCCUUAUAUCUCCUUUUUUAGUUCAACCUCUUCCUGUUACUUCUCUAGUAGCCUCUGAACAUCUCACCUCCACUACUUCCCACACAUUUUAUCGAAAAUUUUUACCAGAUGUUCGAACGUUUAGUUUGCCAGUUUGUCUAACGAAGCUGACGUUGUCUUUAACUUCUUGUUCAGGCAUUCGCAUUUCAUUGGACAGUGACUAAACCGCUUUUUUCUUCGCAUGUAGUUUUUCACCAAUCCGAAACAAUCCGAUGAUUUCUUGCAUUUCGUUGAUCCGGUCCUGUCCAUUUUUGGAAAAGUGAAACAGACUUUUUUUCAUGAAAUAUCCCAACUUUUUCGUUUCUUGCACAACUCUUUACACCUUACACCAUAACUAAUAUGAGAAGCUUUUAUAUGUACAUUAUAUAAACAUCAAAGAGACAUUAUGUCAUUAAAUAUAUAAAUUACUACGUCUGUUGUUAUCCACCACAGGUACCCCAUGUGCGAGUGCUCCAUGUUACAAUGGAGGAAGUUGUACAAACGUUGGUGAUUCAUUUGAAUGUAGAUGCCGGGCUGGAUUUUUGGGAGAUAGAUGUGAAAUUGAAGGUAAAAUUUUAAUCAUGAGGAAAAUAUUAGUUUGUAGAUACCAAUGGUAAUCUCUCCAUCCUGCUUCCGAAAAGGUUAUACAGGUCUAAAAAAAACGCUAUGGAAAUUCGACAGGCUGUUGUGCAUCACAAACUUAACUAAACAAUUCAAUUUUUAUAUAGGACGAAAGAACAGUUAUUUAGCUUUUCUAUGAUACCUUUCUUAAACCAUAACGAUGAGAAAUGGCCGCAUACUCGUCAAAUAAAAAGUGUCGGUCGAAAUCACAUUCUUCCACAGUUGGGAUUGAAAAUACAUUAAUUAUGCAAAGUUAAUCAAUCCAAAAGCACCGCGAGUCUGCUGCAAGGUACUUGUUUCGUAAAACGUUUUUAUUACGAAUGUUCUCUGUUCAGUGGUUAAUUGAACCAUGUUUAAUGCAAUAAUCGACGUUCUUAUGGCCUCACUAAGACGAAGAUUGAGGAGUUGAGCUUAUUUUAGAAAAUUUAAUAUUCAAUUUUAAUUCCCUCUUGGGAACUGUUUAUGUUUCAUUUUCCAUGCAAUUCCCAACGGUGGAAGAAUGUGAUUUCGACCGGCAAUUUUUAUUUGACGAGUAUGUGGCCAUUUCUCAUCGUUACGAUUUAAAAAGAGUAUCAUUGAAGAGCUAAAUAACUGUUCUUUCGUCCUGUGUAAAAAUUGAAUUGCUUAGCCACGUUUAUGAUGCACGACAGCCUGUUGAACUUCCAUAGCAUUUUUUUUAGAAACCCUGUAUACCUCCCACUUUGUCUAUUGAUAGGAGUAAAAAUUUAUUUCAAACUUGAAAUUUAUGGAAUUGAAAUAAUACAAAAGAGCAGCUUGAUUAUAUAUUCCGUUUACAUGCUUGAAAUACACAAUUCGAUUUUACAAACAAUUGAGCUUUCUCUGCUUUAAUAUCACUGUGAUAAAUUAUUCUUUGUGUCUAACAAAAGUUCACAGUAGGAAGAAAUUUGGACUACACGAGGAAAAUGUACACUAUAUGAACACUUCAUUAUGACGUUUAACGUUCAAUCGCCAAUCUUUUUAUCCUAACAUUUGGGAGCUCUCUCCUAUGAUGACUUGAAGCAGCAGGCAAAGAUGACUUGAAGCAGCAGACAACGUAACAUAUGACUAUAUAUCGCUUAAUAAACUAGUUCCGGUUCCUGCCGGAACUUAAUCUUUACAGCCUGAGCAUACUAAGUGGUGAUCACAAAUUAGUUGGAGCUGGGGGGAGUGUUUGGAAGUAAGUAUAGUUGUUAACAGCCUCUCGUAUGAGACCAUAAUUUCUGUUUUUAGAUCGUUGUCAAGUACCGUAUUUGUUCUUCUCUACAUCAUUGGGAACAUUUUCCUAUAAUACAGAUGAAUCCAUAAAUAGUACAACCAUGGUAGAUGAUCGCACAAAUGCCUUAUUCUCUUUUGAUGGUUUUAACAAACGGCUAUAUCUCCAUACGGCGAAUAAUGAAAUGACAAGUUACAACUUGGAUGGUUCAGUUGCGACCACAAUCGUCAUCACGAGUGUUGAAUUUUUCACUGUGGAUGGCCGGAAUAAUUUGAUAUACUAUCAUCACCCACUUCAGGAAAGAAUAUGGGUGUAUAAUAUCUCAAGUGGUCAGGAAUCUGCCGUUGAUGCUCUCGCAGAUAUUUCUGGUGUAAAAGAUCUGGGAAUGGAUAUGACAAAUGGGUAAAUACUGUAAUAUGAUAAUCAAUUUGCCCUUUCCUAUACAUUUUUGGAAUUAAGUUUGUAGAGUAUUUAGGUCAUCCCCUGCGUAAGGAUACCCAACCAUACAUUUUGUGUUUAUUUUUUUACAUAAGAACUAUAUUCAUUGUUAUUUUCUUCUCCGUGCAGUCUACCUUGUUAAUAAAUAAAUACAUGUAUCCUUAAACUAAAAGCAUGCAACAAAGUAGUGUUCCUUGCAGUACCAGUUUUCUUCAUUAAAGGAAGCAAAAAUAAAUAUAGCAACUGUUGAAAGACAUUGCUUUCUAAGCUCGUUCAACUUUACUUUUUAUUAAAAACCAAAUAAUCUACUAUGUACAAUUAAAUAUACUUUUCCUUUCAAUUGUGUAAAGAAAUGUUUUUCAAGAACUGAAAUAUAUAAAGAUAUCAAUAAAAGAAUAACUAAGUAGUGUAGCUAAAUUACAUUUAAGGGAAAUUCUGACGGGUUUAUAUGAACUGAUUCUUUCUUCUUUUCUUAGUUAUCUCUAUAUAGCAAGAGCAAAUGAUCCUACCAUCAUUCGUUACGAUCCGUCAUCUCAAUCCACCAUAGACUUUAACUAUGACGGUUCAGCACAAUCAAUUUCUGUCGAUGAAUACAAUAAUGUUAUCUACUGGGCAAAUUACGACGCCAAUCAGAACAUUCAUAUGGUUAUGAAAACUCUGCUUAAUGGACAAACCGUUGGCUUAAAUAUCACUUAUGUUGGAGAGAUUGAGCUUACUUCAGAUGUGUUUAAUUUUUAUGUCCUCGACAGAGUCAAUAACCGUAUCGACAAAUAUUCGAAGGCAUCGCUUGAAAAGCAAGGAAAUGUCACUUAUAAUGGUCCAAUACGUGAUUUAAUAAUUGCAUAUGGUGAGUUCCAUAUUCUUCCGUAUAUACAUAGAACAAUUAUGUCUAUUUUCAGAAAGCUGAUUAAGCCAAUAGAAGUGUCCUUAUUUGUGACGGAUUGUUUUGAGUAUUCAAUAGCUGAGCUCGGUCUCGUAUUUUGUCCAUUUUUUUCUGGAAUAGUUAUUCUACUACUUCCAAUAACUUAGUGCUUAUCGCGUUUUGUAAAAUUUGUCCUAAAGAUCGACUCAUUACUAAUAGUGAUUAAUGUUAAUGAAAUACUCCUAAAUAAAAUCGUUUUCAGGUUGGUAAUUUCCUAUUUCAUUACUGAAAUGAAAUCUCUGAUUCGCAGAUCGUGCAUUAUUUCCCUAGAGUUUUUGUAGCAAGCAAAAGAGGAGUUACAAUAAUUGAUUAGGUCAAGGAACUGCGAAAUAGAUGGACACCAAUAAUAAGAAUAGGAUAAUGACUAAAUGUUUAUGUAAUAUAUCCCUUCUCCGACCAAAAACACCAUGUCAUUCAUUAACUUGGUUAGCUCAUUCUGAGGAUGCUUAAAUCUCUUUGGUUUUUUUUUGCAUAUAGACGAAGAUGAAUGUUGUGUUGGAACUAUCUGUCACGUCAACUCUACCUGCUCAGAUUCUCGGGGAAGUUUUAAUUGCACUUGUAAUGACGGUUUUAUUGGGAAUGGAACGGAUUGUGAAGGUAAUGUACCUUUUUAAGGUAUACUAGGCUGUUAUUUCGCGGAAUGUAGCUGUAUUAACAGUUGCCAAAACCAGGCGUAGCAACGGCUCAUCCAUCUUAUUGCAUUGUACCUGCAUGGCAUGGCCAGUUGCCAUAGCUAGCUGGCUACUGUCUAGAAACUCGGCACAAAGUUUAGUUUAAGUUAUCGUACCCUGUAAGAAAUCAUAAUAACAAUGAGUACAAUAUCGUUUUUAUGAACGUUGCAACCGAAGCGUGUUAAUUUUAUAUUCGCCACUGAAAGAACUCGUUCUAGACUAGCCAUUCCUCUUUGGUAGUCCAUGUUGGGCGAUUGGAUUUGAGUAAUUGCAGGGAUGUUUUGUAUGUCUCAGAAAAUGAUCGAAUUAAUUGCCCUUUAUUUUCUUUGCUUGCAGAAAAUGUUUGUAUGUUUUACUUAUAUCUUAAUUUUGACUUCCAAAUUAUUUCCAAUCAUUUAGAUGCUAAUGAAUGUUUGGACGAUCCCUGCCACCAGAAUGCCACCUGCGUUGAUAUAAUUGGUUCAUUUGAUUGUGUUUGUAAUGAUGGAUUUGUAGGAGAUGGUCGUGACUGUGGAGGUAAGGAUACACCAAAGCUAGAAAUAGAAAUCGAGAACCAUGUUGCAUUAUUAAAACACCUCUGUUUAGUACCCAACAAAGAUGUUGCAUUGUACUGCCAAAGCGUUCAGUAAUUGUCUUAAGAAUUUCAAUUUUCGUACAUUCAUUUUUCUGUAAACAUAGGCCUGUUUCAAAAACGUUGUGCUUCUCAUGCUCUCCAGCCAGCUAACUGAGCUAAGAAUUAAGAGUAGACAGACACAGCUUUUUUGUGGGAGAAUGGGUUAUGGGGGUGGAGUACUCCUGUUACAAUAAGUGUCACAUUCUAUGUAUAUUUAACCCAAUAGACUCUGUAUGGCCUUAUAUUUCAUCCUGUGGGGUAUAUAUAAGGCCUGCUCUGACAACCCUAGGGGUAAUGAUCCCUAGGGCUGCCGUGGGAGUAAGGGUCCCCAGAGCACAUGCCAGAAGGGUAGCGACCCCCCUCUGACCUUAUUAACCUGAACCAAAGGGUAAGGAUCCCUUGGACAGUUCCUAUAACUCGGCCGAUUAUAUUUACAUUGAAUGAGUCUAUGUGCAUGAAGGUGACCUUUGGGAGCACUUCAGCCCCAAACCAUUAAAUAUUUUAUUGCAAUAACUUAAGGUUACAGAACACCUUUGAGUGUUAAUUUUGCCUAAAAUUCUUUUAUUGGUUUCAAUGAAAGCAUUAAACUAGUUCUACUAUCUGACCAAGUUUGAACGAAAAAUGUUGAAAACUCGCAGAGUUAUUUAGUAAAAUACAUUUCGCUGUAAUAAGAAAAACAUUGAAAAUGUAAUAUUCAAAUUCAAUUUUCUCCCGAAAAAUUUACGGUAAUUACUGAUUUUCAAACGAGUUGUGCUCCUGCGGGUUUUAACCAAUUUUUCUCACAUUUUCACAGGACAUAGCUAACGUGAGUUUCAAAAUUGUGUUCGGCUUUUUUCUAAUUUUGGAUAUUUUAAAAAUAAAGAGCAAUUCACUCAAACAAUUCAGAAAUAUAUUGCAGUCGUCAAAGAAAUCGCCAUAUCAGCGGCAUGACGAAAUAAACAAAAAUUUCCGAACACAAUUUUUUAGAACAACUAUUUUACUGUGUAAAAAUGAUAUUUUCAUAAAUAUAACUUAAACCAGCAGGAGCACAACUCAAAAGCGUAAAGGCACCGCGAUUUAAGAUUUUCCUGAAUAAUUCUUACAUUAUUUUAUUGUUUAUUUAUUUUACAACUUUACCAUAUUUUGCAUGCACUGGAGAACAUUUGGUGAAAAUUUGAUGAAAAUCGGACUGAUAUUGAGCGCGCAGUAGCGAUUUUCCGCAAAACGCCAAAAAGGGUGUCCUGUAACCUUAAACAAGUAAUAACAACAAUUAUUAAUGCCCUACUGUUUUUGAUAAAUACAUAUAUAAUAUGAUAUAAUACAUCAUGCACCGUGACAGUGUACUCUAGUGAUGCAUGGUAAUUAUCUCCAAUGAUAGUGUUCUCCCAUAGGCAUAGUUGUGAUCUCCAGUAAUAGUGAUCUCCAAUAAUAAUGUUCUUCCAUGACAGUGUUCACUGUUCACCAUAGGUGUUUUCUGUAAUCCCUUUUAACAAGCGGUGGGUGGGUGGGUGGGAAAGUGUUACAGUAGCUUUGGAACAUUGUCAUACAAAUUAGACUAAAUUUGUGGAGAGCAUUGCCCAUUAAUGAGGCAUUCCAUCUGAUUAUCUAUUGUUUUUAAUGCGUUCGGCACAUGAGAAACGCGACGUUUGAAACAGGCCAUAUUGAUAAAAGAUAGUGUACGCGCUAUAAAAUGUCGAAUUAAAAUGUAAGACAUGCAUCCUUUUAAGGAUAUUAGCACAAUUUUUAUUCCUAUGUAAAUCUUCCAAAAUUUCUCUGUCUACAUGAAAAAUUUAGGUGCUUUUCUGCAAAUUAUUUCAGAUAAAAACCCGAAACUAAACAUCAUGUUUACUCGUGCUCUUAUUAUACAGUGUGUCUAAAAAAAAACGCUGUGGAAAUUCAACAGGCUGACGUGCUUCAUAAACGUAGCUAAACAAUUUAAUUUUUACAUAGGAAGAAAGAGCUGUUAUUUAGCUUUUUUAUGCAUGAUACCUUUUUUAAAUCGUAAGGAUGAGAAAUGGCCAUAUACUCGUCAAAUAAAAAUUGCUGGUCGAAAUCACAUUCUUCCACCGUUGAGAAUUAAAAACACAUUAAUUAUGCAAGGUUAGUCAAUCCAAAAGCAACGCGAGCCUGCUGCAAGCCAUUUGUUUCGUAAAACGUUUUGAUUACGAAUGUUUUCUGUUCAGGGAUUAAUUGAACCAUGUUUACUGGACGUUCUUAUUGAGUUAUUUAUUGUCUCACUAAGACGAGUUGAGCUCAUUUUAGAUAAUUUAACAUUCAAUUUUAAUUCCCUCAUGGGAAUUGUCUUUGUUUCGUUUUCCAUGCAAUUCCCAACGCUGGAAGAAUGUGAUUUCGACCGGCAAUUUUUAUGUGACGAGUAUGUGGCCAUUUCUCAUCGUUGCGAUUUGAAGGAAUUUUAGAGUAUCAUUUUGAAUUUCCAUAGCGUUUUUUUUAGACACCCUGUAUAGGCCUACUAUAUCCGUAACUCAGGAGUUUCCUGAUUAGAAAUUUUCAAAUAAUAAUAUUAACAAUAGUGAUAAUUCAUUUCAGCUUUCAACUGCAGUAUUCUUUCCUGCGGAGAAAAUGAAGAGUGUAUACAGGAAAACGAUAUAUUUAAAUGUGUGUGUAAGGAUGAUUAUGCAGAACCCGAUUGCCGUCUGGGUAAGUGUGCAAUUGCUGUUUUGUAUAUUAUUAUUUCCACAUUAGCGAAAUGAAGAAAAAAGUUUUCAUGUUUUCUUUUAAGUAAUUCUAUUUCUUUGACCUAAAUUUCGUUUUUGCCACUCUUUUUCAACACUUUUAUCCAACAACAAUUUUUUUCAUUUAUAUUGUACUUCAUAAGAAACGUUCAAAAUUGUUGUGCUUUGCUUCUAAAAUUGAGCGGUAAAUGUUUAAUUUUUAAUUAUUCAUAAUUGAUUUUAAUUAUUUACAAAAUCUAACAGUUGAAAGAACAUGCCUAGCAAGAGGUGAUCCACACUACUCGACAUUUGAUGGAACACGUUAUGACUUUAUGGGUAAAUGUGAAUACGUUCUGGCUAAAGACAGUAGAAAUAACACAUUUGAAGUAAGACAAGUGAAUGAACCAUGUGGAAAUGGAGAACCUUCCUGCACAAAAUCUCUAACAGUGAUUUUCCCAGAUGUGACUAUCCAACUACUGCGGGGAAGUGUGAUGGUAAAUGACACAGCAAUUGUUUUGCCUGCAACGUAUGGAGGUAAGUUCUUUCAAACUUCUCACUAGAUAUAAUGCUUCAAGAAUUAGAAUUUCAAACUAAAUGUAUUGUGCAAAAAUAAAAGAAUACCGUUCUAUUUCUAAAAACAUAAAUUUAAAAAAAACAAAAAUUUCCCUUUUAUUUUUUUUUGCAAACUGCUGCUUCAUACUUGAUUAGUAAUUUAGUACAGACAAUUAUUUUACUAAUAAAUCGGAAAGUGGCUAAUAUUUAACAUCAAUUUUCAAAAUCGAUCCUUUAUUUUUUGUAUAAAGGUGUGACAAUAACUGAGCCAAGCAACAGAGUAACGUUGAUCGAAAGUGAUUAUGGUGUAGAAGUUGAAUGGAAUAAUGUACGUAAUGUGAGAGUGACAGUGCUUGGUCGCUAUCUGAACAGAACAUCAGGUUUAUGUGGAACAUUUAAUGGAAAUUCUGGAGAUGAUUUCUUGGCAAGAAAUGGAACAACUGUAGGCAAUGCUGUAACCUUUGGAAAUUCUUGGAAAACUGAACCUGACUGUGAUGAUGCAACAGAUGUACAACAUCCAUGUGUAACUUACUCUGACAGAAACGCGACUGCUAUAGCCAACUGUUCAGCUUUGUUAUCUUCUCCAUUCGAUGGCUGUUCAAGCCAGAUUAAUCCAGUUUCAAAGGGUUAUAUUACUGAUUGUGAGUAUGAUGUAUGUGCUUGUGAUGAUGAUUCUACAGUUUGUCUAUGUCAAGCAAUAGAGGCUUAUGUCAGUGAUUGUAAUUCAACUGGAGUGGAUAUUGACUGGCUGAGUGAUCCACGAUAUCAACAAUGUGGUAGGUCUCAGCUUUAGUAUAUUUUUUAUAGCAACCUGUACGAUAUCGUUAUUAAUUAACUGUUUGUUUAUGAUGGGGCAGGGAAAGCAACCUAUACGAUAUCGUUAUUAAUUAACUGUUUGUUUAUGAUGGGGCAGGGAAACCGGAGUACCCUUAGUAGAGGUGUGCAAAUCGAUCGGAUUCGUUCGGAUUUCGGAACCAAAAUAUUCAUUUCGGAUCGUAUCGGAUUGAUAAAGUUGUUUCGUAGUCGGAUGGGAUCGGAUCGGACUUCGAUAUCCGAAAUAAAAUGAAUUAAUUAUCCACGCAUUAUCGCAAGAAUUAAUUAUCCAUGCAUUUAUCAAAGCAUUAUCGCGGUUGUCGCUGCAUUAUUCGUUUGAUUCUUGGACGUCACUUUGUCAGCUUCUUGACAUGUAUUCCAAGCUUUUAUAUAUAUUUAGUUAAAUAUUUCAACUUGAAUGAGAAAUUGAUUUUAUUAAAGAAUUUUUCGGAUCGGAUUGGAUUGGAAUUCUUUAUCGAAACUCGGAUUCGGAUUAGACAAUUUCGGAUCGGAUUUUAAACAUUAGGCAAUUGUCGGAUUGUAAACGUCCAAUCCGAUCCGAUACGCACCUCUAACCCUUAGUGCACCCAUCGAAUCGUAGGAAAUUACUAAAAAGAACAACUCUACAUACAUGAGUUUUCAAGCACAUCAAGUCUGAAGAGGAUAGGGCCCAUUCUAAAUAAUCUCAUUGUCCCCUCUAGACGGCUGGCCAAAAUACGACAAAGAAAUGUUUGAUGGCAUUUUUUGUUACAAGCUGCCAAUUGCCAUUUUCUUAGAGCUCGAGUGUUGGCAUUAAUGAAGAAGGCCAUUUAUUUUUGUUUUGGCUUAUAGCCUAUUUUCAAUGUUAUAAAUAAAUUAUGCCAUUAGAAAGUUCGCAAGAUGCUAUAUAUAAAACAAGUAAGCGAGUAACAUGCAUAUAAUUUUCUUAGCCGAUUUUGAGUUUUUAACGUUCUGAACAAGAAGGAAAAAAUGUACCAAUUUAUGUUAAUAGCUACUAUUUUGCCAACUUUAAGCUCCUUUAAAUCAAAAUCGUUGCUUGAAAAUUUGCACUACGGACUUAAAUGUCUUAUUUGUACUUUUCGCAAAUUUUCUAAUUGUAUAGUUUAUUCUUGUGGAGUGUAAACUUAAAUAAUUUUGCAUUUUAGGCAGAAUUUUAAAAUUGGCAAAUUUUUGGCUGUAACGCCAAAAUCAGAGGUGCCAAUUACGUAUACAGUCUUGCACACCAAUAUCUAAACAAUUAGAAAAUGCAAGUUGUUCAUUACAAAUGUUUUUUGCAUUAAUCCAAUAUAGGAACUCCAUGUGCUAGUGAUCCAUGUUACAAUGGUGGGACUUGUUCAAAUAAUGGAUUAUCGUCAUUCUCAUGCUCUUGUGGUGUUGGGUUCACAGGUGUCCGCUGUGAAAUUGAAGGUAACUGUUUUUAUCAUAGGGAUGAUAAUAUUUAUUUAUUUAUAUUGCUCUUCCGGAUUGCAAAUUUAUUACAAAAUAUUUUAUAUUGUCUAACGUUUUGGUGUCCUCUACAGAAACUUUUUUAAGUGGUAGAAAUUGAAAUAGAUAGAUGUAGAAAUAAUGUUUGUUAGAUUAACAUAGUAAUUCGGGAUGCUGUAUCUAUAGGAUUACGUCUAAUAUUCCUACAUUUCGAACAGUGAGAUAUUUAAUAGACCUGCGUUUUCAUUUAAAAUCAUGCUUUACUUCAAUUUUGCAUUGUUCUCAACAGUUUAAGUUAUUUUAUUUUUUUCUCUUAUUCGAAUUUGUCAUUUUCCUCUUGUUCCUUUUAGCUUUUUAAUUAUUUCGUUUUACUAUUUACGUUCUCCUUUUCUAACUGUUCAUUUUCAAGAUAUUUGUUUGUUUUCCUCGUCUUUUUUCUCAUUUUUUUCCACGUUUUCUGCCUUAUUCUUUUCUUUCUCUUUCCAAUUUUUUUCUUCGUUUGGUACUUUUUUUGUUUUUCUUUUAAUUUUUUAUCUUCCAUGCUGUAGUUGAUAGUUGUGAAGACCUGUCAUGUGGCGAAAAUCAAAUUUGUGUAAUGGUUGGAGAUACAUAUCGGUGUGUUUGUGACCCUGAUUUCAAUGGAGAGAAUUGUGAAAAUAUAGGUUAGAAUCGGUUUAUUAAUUCUGAUGCUUAUUUUAAACGAAAAUUUAAUUUUUUACAUAUUGUUUUAAAGUAUUACUUGCAAGCGAGAUUAUUUCUGCAUAUAUGUUCAGUAUUCUUGUUUUGUAGUCGAACCAUUGGUUUUGCAUAAAAAUCUUAUGUUUUAAUUUAAUUAACGCUCAUAUAUUCUUUUUAGUUGAAGCAACAUGUAAAGCUCAGGGAGAUCCGCAUUACACCACAUUUGAUGGAAGACGUUAUGACUUUAUGGGUAGAUGUGAAUAUGUUCUGGCUAAAGACCGUGUAAACAACACAUUUGAAAUAAGGCAAACAAAUGAACUAUGUGGAAAUGGAGUACCUACAUGUACAAGAUCAUUAACAGUAAUCUUCCCAAAUAUAACAAUUGAACUCCGAAGAGGAAAGACUUUAGUAAAUGGUGCGGAAAUCACAAUGUCAGCUAAUUAU